UGUAUUAAAAGUUGUACCAAUGACAAGUUUGCUGGCUGGAGUGGGUCAAGGAAGGGCGCAACUUCAAGUUGAAUUGGUCAAAGGUCUCUGCCUGCCACUUCUUCUGAGAGCAGCCGGGGGUGUCGGUGCUACGGAGAUUGGCACCACCAUGUUCUUGGUCGAAGUUGGUUGGGGCUCUGCAGUAUCAAUGAAGUGCACCGCAAGUGGUUCCCAUAUGUAAGUGCCGGAUGACCUCCAGACGGCGGUUUCUUUUGUGAAUGUAUGUAAGCAGCAGUACCUAUGCACAUUCAAAGAGAAGUUCUGGCUCUAGUCCCAUGUACAUCGCCUGUGCAUCGAGUUCAGGUGACGCCUAAAACAGAUUUUUCCAGUGGCCGCAAUCUCUCUGCUCUGGGGCACCCCUAUGGCGGAAACAAUGCCGGCAGCAGCUGUCCCAACCGACUUUGGUCGCAGCUUGCGGGCCUGCCUGCGAUGCUCUCUUGUGAAAACCUUUGAACAGUUUUUGGAGGCUGGCUGUGAAAAUUGCGAUUUCUUUGUCAUGGAGCGGGACAAGGAUCGGGUCCUGGAAUGCACAACGCACAACUUCUCAGGUGUGAUUGCCUUGAUGCACCCUGACGCCAGCUGGGUUGCUCGCUAUCAGAGAAUAGGCAAGUUUGUGCCCGGGUGUUAUGCAGUCCAUGUGGCGGAGCCCAUGUCCGAGGAACUGCAGACGUUGUGUGAAGAUCGCGGGAAGAAGUACAUCCCCAGGCACACCCUCAACACAGCGUGAGCCAGCAUGGCUGGGUCACCAUGGAAGUACGCCACGGAAGGAAUUUCUCUUUCCCGUCUCAGCAGGGCGAUCGCUGCCGAGCUUAGGUUACAAGCAGGUUGGCAGUACGGUCUGGGGGGGCCUCCCUCCAGAAAACGUUUGAGAUUUUGUAAUCCAUCUCAACCUCGAGGACGAAUUUCGUAAAAUCUGCUGUUGGCGAGCGAGCGGCGUUUGUAUAGGUGAUGUUCAGAACCUGCAACCGCAGCCCUGUCUUUACUUGGCCCGAAGUUGGACAACGAUUCUCUUGACCAGUGUUAGGACGUUAUCCCAAGUAGUACUUGUGCGCGCCACAAGUGGCUCAGAGCUGUAGGAAAUGGGACAAUUCAGCAUAUCCAGGUAAGGACAGCUUGCAUCUGCUAGCAGCUUCCAGUCCUUUCUCUCCUUAAUGUCAAUGUCGGAAUCACAAACUACUGACCGUGACCUAGCAUGGCCUAGAAGCUGAUGCUUUGUCAGCCAAUUAUUGAAUCACGCCAAGAUUCAUAUUGGAAGUCUCCAGGUAAAUGCGGUUGCAACUGAGUUUUGUUUGAUUCGGACUUUGGCCAAGACAGCCACCAAACUCGUAUCUCCCCGGGAAUGUUUCCGAGCUCAAACAGAAGACAAGCUAUCGAGCCGUUAUGGGCCCUUCCUGCGUAGGAGAUUCGAUUGUCCCUUCCUAUGAAUCCUUAAGCGCCC